UUGAUGGGAUUAAAGAUUCAUCAAUCACUCUAACUGAGGGAGAUUCUGUUUUGAUAAUCUGCUCUGUCAAGAGCUUCCCAGCUUCAAACCUGACGUGGAAACAUCUUGGUGUCACAAUGAACAGCACAAGUUCCCACAAUGAGCUGUGGAUGGAGAUUCCUCACGUUACUCCCCGAGACACUGGAGACCAUCGGUGUGUGGCGCAGAAUGAACAUGGAACAAUGGAAGGCUCCUUAUUCAUCACAGUACAAUAUGCGCCAGAGAAUCUCACAAUUACUUCCCUUGAUGGAAUUAAAGAUUCAUCAAUCACUCUAACUGAGGGAGAUUCUGUUUUGAUAAUCUGCUCUGUCAAGAGCUUCCCAGCUUCAAACCUGACGUGGAAACAUCUUGAUGUCACAAUGAACAGCACAAGUUCCCACAAUGAGUUGUGGAUGGAGAUUCCUCACAUUACUCCCCGAGAUACUGGAGACCAUCAGUGUGUGGCGCAGAAUGAACAUGGAACAAUGGAAGGCUCCUUAUUCAUCACAGUACAAUAUAGCAGAGGAGAGAGUCUGCAUGUGAUCCUGAUCCUGGGAAUACGAGCUGGGAUAUUCAUUGUAGCUGUUGUUCUCACUGUUGCUGGUGUUUGUGUCUGUGAGGGGGAAACUGUUAAAGGAAGCUGAAAGGCUGCUUCAAGCUUUAUCAGUGCAACCGAAUCCCAUGGGAUGUUGGGUUAAGGGCACUGGUUCGGAUUGUCUGAGAGCCAUAGAAUUCUCAGGGAGCCAUUCAGUCCAUUGAGCUAUGCCAGCUAUCUCUGUACAGUAAUGUAGUCAGUGCCAUUUCCCCACUCACUCCUCAUUGUUCUGAGAGUUUAUUUCCCACAAAUAUUCAUCCAAAUUCUGUUUGAAAUCAGUGAGCAUCUUCCCUUCCACACCACCUUGUAGGCAGUGAGAUCCAGAUUAUUAUCACUCACAGUGUAUAACAGUCCUUCCUCACAACCCCUGCUCUGUCUAUCCCACCCCGAAUCUUCAAUAUGUCUCCCCUCGUCCUUGUACCUUCAGCAAAAGGGAACAGCUUUCCUUUGUCUCCCUGAUCUAAACCUGGCCCCAUCUCUUCCUCAUCAGUCAGAUUCACCCCCAGUCACCGUCGCUCUGAGAGGAACAGCCCCAGCUUCCCCAAAUGAACCCUGUCACUGAAAUCCCUGCUUGCGUUUGGGUCAAUCUCCUAUGUUCUCUCUUGAGGACACUCACCUCCUUCCCCCUUAAAGAUAGGGACAAUUGUUGAUGACAAAGAUAGGGAGGGUUCUCACAGGCUCCCCUGUGGUAGUUCCCCCCCAGAUUCUGGGCAACUUCUGGAGCAGUUUAUUUCAUGGAAUCUGUAAUUCUGUGCAGUGGUCUUAAAGACCUGCACAUCCUUCUACCACCCCCCCCCCAC